CAAGAAAUCUUUCCUAAUCUCGCAAUAUACGAACAUUUAUCCAUUAAUUAAAGUCUAUAAUGUGAACGUUUAAAUGAAGAAAUAUAUUAUAUAUUUUAACGAAUAAUUAUUUAUUUAACAUUUCUGUUUAAAUAUAUUUACUGAAAUGUUUAUGAUAAUCUUAAUUACGUCAUAGAUAUUAGCAGACGUAAUUUAACCGAAUUUAUUUGAAAAUAAACAAAUGGAUAAUGAAUUGAUUUGUAAUUUUAAAAAAUGUAGAAAACAUUUAACUUCGUUGGCUUGGGUCACAUCUUGUUCUCAUAUAUUCUGCAAUGAAGAUGGAACAAGAGAAUUUGAAAAAGCAUUUAUUUGUCCUGCCUGUGAUUCUCAGUUACCAGGAAAAUUUGAUGUUGUUAGAGUUGAUCUGAAUCCUUCUGAACAGUACAAAUCGAUGGUAUUGGCAGGCCAAAAACCUGAUAUAAUUUUAGAAAUAUGCUCUAAAGCUAUUGCAUUUUGGACAUAUCAAAUUCAUCAAGAAAUAAUGUUUCAAGAAUAUAUAUCUUCUAAAGCUAAAGACAAAUAUAAGCAACUUGAAAAAUACUACGAAAAUAUUUUGGAACGAUCUCGAAUAGAAUUGAAUUCAAUCAAACAGCAAUUAGAAAAAGUUAAGUUGGAAUUAGAAACCUCAAAGAAAAAAGCUACUGAAUUAUCUGAAAAAUUAACAGAAAAAAGUAGACAAUAUCAAAAAUUACAACUAAUGUAUGAAGGACUACGAAGAAAAUUUAUUUCUCCAUUCUUUAUGGAAAAAGAAGUAAAGCAGAAAAAUGUUCCCAUAAGAAAUGACACACCUUUUGGAAUAUCAGCAGCAAAUGAUAUACUGCAAUGUGCUCAGAAGGCAGAAAAAGAUUUUGUUUUACAUCCUGCAAGAACACCAAUUGCUGAUUUUCUUAACGAAAAGAAAACCCCAAUACAAUCUCGACUAAUAGAAUUUGGAGUUCAAACAAGUGUAAAUAGAAAUCUAUUUUACAGACAGAGUAUGAAAAACAAUAAUUAAUUAAUAUAUCAAAUUACUUUAUAGAAAUAUAAAAAAAUUAAAGAUUAUUUAAAUUCACAAAAUAAUA